AUUCUUUCCAUGAUGUCAGUGAGAUCCGGUGACAGUGCCUACGAGUGCCACGCUGGGACAGUAGCUUAGUUUGAGGCGUUUGAGCGACACGUGCAGUGGGAUAGAGCGGCUCCCCAACGCUGCUCAUUUCAUUCUCUUCAGUCAAACACAAGCAGUGCCCGUUCCAGCAUGGUGUUUCACAUCGUGGGCUCCUUCGUGGGGCUGAUCAAGGCACAGCUGCACACUAAGACAGACGGGGCAGUGUUCCGUCUCCACUACCGCUGGACCACCGCGCUAUGCUUCCUCUCCUGCGCUCUGGUCUCGGCCACGGAGUACAUUGGAAACGCUAUCCAAUGUGUGGGAAGUGGGACUAAUACUGCACCCAAGGCCGUCAAUACUUACUGCUGGAUCACUUCAACUUACACCGUCGUUACUGGAGCUGCUAACGGCUCCUACUACUACCUGUCACGGGGCAGCACACACAGCGGCGUGGGCAUCCCUGGCGAGGAUAACACUGUCUACCACAACUACUACCAGUGGGUGCCCUUCUUCCUCUUCUUCCAGGGAUGUUUGUUCUACUUACCUCACCUCGUCUGGAAAUCCAUCGAGGGGAAGACAGCAGACAAACUUCUCCAAGGCUUGCAGUUUGAUUCAAUGGACGAGGACAGAGACAAGAAGAAGGAUAACAUGGUCAAGUACCUGAAGGAGUCUCGGGGCCACAACACGAUGUACGCCUUUACCUACUUGGCGUGCGAGACUCUCAACUGGGUGAACGUGGUGGCGCAAAUGCUGCUGCUUGAUGCCUUCCUGGGAGGCGUGUUCCUGGAGUACGGGCUGAAGGUGAUGUCUCCUAAGAUCGGCGUCACCACCCUCGUUAAAACCUUCCCUAGAAUGACCAAGUGUGACUUCAAGAAGUACGGGCAUGGCGGGGAGAUCGACAAGAAUGACUACCUGUGUGUGCUGCCGCAGAACAUCCUCAACGAGAAGGUCUUCAUCGUCAUGUGGUUCUGGCUCUUCAUCCUGGCCACCAUCUCCGCCGUGGAGGUGAUCUGGCGUAUCGUGGUGUCUGCCUCUCCUAUGGUCCGGGUACAGGUGCUGGAACGGCGUGGAAAACUGAGCGCCGACCCUAAACUGGAACGCGUCCUGCGCUGCCUGCCGCUGGGUGACUACUGCCUGCUGGAGAUCCUCUCUAUCAACUUGGACGCCGCAAACUUCAAGGACAUCCUGCUUUCCUACUCAAACUGUAACGAUACCCUAGAACACCCCAACCCCAACAUCAACGGAGACAGCAGCUACCGCCCCUACAACCACUUGGACGAGGUGGACAACGAGGACAUGAUGGAAGCCAGAGUUUAGGGGCCAGAGGGACGAGUGUAGGGGGAAAAGGGACUACUGUAGGGGUCAGGAGAAGUGUAGGGGCAAAUGAGACGAGUGUAGUGGCUAAGAUGAGUAUAGAAGCCAGAGGAACAAGUGUAGUGGGAAAAGGGGAUGAGUGUAGUGGCUAGGACAAGUGUGUGGGUCAGAGGGACGAGUGUAGAGGCGACUGGGGCGAGUGUAGUGGCUAGGACGAGUGUCUGGGCCAGAGGAAUGAGUGUAUGAGAAAAGGACAAGUGUAGGACCAGAGUGAGUGUAAGCCUCAGAGAGAUAGUUGUAGGGGGCAGGAUGAGUGCAAUGGCCAGAGGGACAAAUGAAGGGAAGAGUGAGACAAUUGUAGGGACCAAGACAAAUGUAGUGGACAGAGAGACGAGUGUAGGGGCCAGAGGGACAAAUAAUUCUCAGGUAAUGGCCAGAUAACCUAAUCUAACUUAACUUGACCUGAUAUGACCUGAUCUGACCUUGCCUGAGAUUACUGUGGGAAAGUUGUCUAUACAUUCCUGUUCUUUUAAUGUGUUGUUUUUUUUUUGUUUAAGAAUAAAACGAAAAGUGUACUACAAAA